CAGAGUGCCAUAACCGACUGAUACUCUAUCCAGGUCGUGCUUUAUAAAGAGCCAGGAGGAGCCCGGUCUAAUAACUUGCUCCGACCCACAAAAUACUCCACAGGACCACAGCCACAGGUAGAUUGCCCCGCUACCAUUCCAAGCACAUAUUCCCUGGGCGCGAUCGAUCCAUCCAUCCACCAGCUGCCUUGCCCUGCAAUUCAUCUUCUACCAGCAAACCCUCCAUAGCAGCUAGCUAGCAAAGCUUUCAAGCUUAGCAUGCGAGCAAAUCCUUUCUGAAACACAGUUACAGAAAGACACAGAUAACUUUGCAAAGGGCGCCAUGACGAGGGUGAGAGGAGGCAAUUACAAGGCUCUGAUGGUACUACCGGCAAUGAUCCUUGUCUGCGGCGGCGGUCUGCUUGUCGCGGCGAGGGGGCGCGAGGAGGCGCACCUGGUGCCGGCGGUGUACGUGUUCGGCGACUCGACGGUGGACGUGGGGAACAACCAGUUCCUGCCGGGGUUCAAGCCGGGGCAGCUUCCCUACGGCAUCGACUUCCCGGGCUCCAGACCCACCGGAAGGUUCAGUAAUGGAUACAACACAGCCGACUCCAUCGCGAGGCUUGUGGGAUUCAAGAGGAGCCCGCCGGCUUACCUGUCGCUGACGCCAGAAACGAGCCGUCAGAUUGUCCGAGGCUUCCGUGGUGUCAACUACGCUUCCGGUGGAUCCGGCAUUCUCGACACCACCGGUAACGGUACCAUCACGUUGACAAAGCAGGUGGAGUUCUUCGCGGCCACCAAGUCAAACAUGACCAACCCCAACCCGGGCAAGAUCGACGAGCUGCUGUCCAAGUCGCUCUUCCUCAUCAGCGACGGCGGCAACGACUUCUUCGCCUUCCUCUCGGAGAACCGGACAGCCGCCGAGGUCCCGUCCUUGUACGCGGACCUUCUCUCCAACUACACCCGGCACGUCCAAACGCUCUACAAACUCGGCGCAAGGCGGUUCGGCGUCAUCGACGUGCCGCCCAUCGGGUGCGUGCCGGCGAUCCGGGCCACGUCCCCUUCAGGAGAAACCAAGUGCGUCGAAGGCGCAAACGCGCUCGCCAAAGGCUUCAACGACGCGCUGCGGAAGCUCAUGGCGGGGCUCGCCGCUAAGCUUCCCGGGAUGAAGUACUCCGUGGGGAGCUCGUACAACGUGAUCACCUUCGUCACGGCGCACCCGGGGUAUGCCGGGUUUAGGGACGUGGCUAGCGCGUGCUGCGGCGGCGGGCGCCUUGGCGGGGAAGUCGGGUGUUUGCCGAAUUCGACCUACUGUGCGAACCGCAAUGACCAUUUGUUCUGGGACGCCGUGCACGGUACCGAGGCCACGGCUAGGAGGGGCGCCGCGGUCAUCUUCGCUGCUCCCGUCAAGCUCGGGUUCGCCGCGCCGAUUAACUUCAAGCAGCUCGUCUCUUCUUCUUGAUGGCCGAUUCCACGUGGUCUUUGAUUUAUCUGUUGUUAAUUUGGUUACGAUUGUUCGCUGUUUACUUUUAGAUGGAUCGAUCGAGAGAGAAAAAAGAUGUACACUUUUGAUUCCUUUUGUAGAUAUCAGGGAAGGGUGCCGUCAUGCAAUGCGAAUUCUAGUGUCAGACAGAAAAGGCCAAAUGGCUUGGAAAUACACUCUUGAAUAAGAUUGUUGGCUUGCAGUA